AGUUAGUAACACUGAUCGCAUCAUACUUAUCUUUCAAUGUUAAUCGUAAACUUUGUUUUGCCAUUUUAAAAUUCAAGGCUUCGAUCUAUUAUUAAAAGUCUAAUAAAAAAAGCGAUAUCAAGCAGAAUACAAUAAAUAAUAAUGGCAACGCCUAAAACGGAGAAAGACUUUAAUUUACCGCUAUCAAGGGUGAAAACUAUAAUGAAGAGUUCGCCUGAUGUCGAAGCGGUUGGGCCCGAACCACUUUAUUUAGUAACGAAAGUAACUGAACUCUUUGUAACAGAUUUAGCUAGAAGAGCACACAAAAACAGCAACGGUAAUGCACUAGAAUACAAACACAUUGCUGAAAUUGUACAACAAGACGACACACUUGACUUCCUUAGGGAAAUCAUGCCAAAAAAAAUCACUGUUCGACAGUACAAAGAAUUGAUGGCAAAGAAAGCGGCAAGAGGUGAUAAUUCCGAUGAAGAAUCUUCAGAGUCCAGUGAUGAAGGGAGCACAGAAGAAAGUUCCAGUGGAAAUGAUCAAGACUGACAUAGAGUUAAGUAGGUUAAGUUUGAUAUUUUGACUGCUUCAUCAGAAACUAAAGUACGCCCAUGGCUUGGUUUGGAUUUAACCUAAAAGCCUGUUAAUUUCCAUUCUCGGAAUUUCGGGAAAUUUUCCCUAAGUGCAUCAUUUGACCAUGACUACAUAAGGAGCUAUACCAAAUUCCUUUCUCCUAAAACCAGCAGUUUGAGCUGUAUAUUGUCUCUUAGUCAGUCAAUCAAUUGAUAAAGGAUAACACAGAGUUUAUAUAUUUUUGUUACACACAUUGAAAGUGUUCGUUCUCGACUAUGUCACUUGCUGUUGGUCCUUUUGUUACACAGAAGGCUUACAUUUAGUUGCACCCUCUUAUCUCCAUCAGAAAGCAAAUCAUUGUCAAUGGUAUAUAGCUGAUUUUGUAUACGGUCCCUUAUUUCAACAUUAACAUUGUACUAGUUGUGGUCUGUUUUAUUAAUUAAAUAAAUAAAUAUAUACAGACAAAUUACACAAAUUUAAUAUUAUGACACUUUGCAAAUGAAUAUAAUGUAAAUAUUAGAUCAUUUAUCAGGUGAAUAUUAGAUGCAAUUGGCCUCAAAACUCAGAGCUAUAGACAUCAUAUAAAUUAUACUACAUGCUGAAUUCAAGCAAAGGUUUGGCAAAGUUGCUGAGGUCACCUGUUUGUUGGUCACCUUUAUAGGGAAUACAUAUUAAAUUUACCAUUAGGACCAUAUCUACCUAUAAAUAAAAUAUGUGGACUGUAUAAAUGCAAGUUUGGAAAAUAUUUUUUUGAUUUUAAGUUAAUUGAUUGACAUAGGCACUAGACCAAUUUGUUUGCGCAUAAUAUCUGUAUUUUAGUUUAGUAAGUACUAUACAACUAGUAAAUUAUUGUUAAAGUAGGUAUCUAAGUAUUAAAUAAAUCUGACUCAGAUAAUUUCCAAUAGGAUAAUGUGUUAAGGGUAUUUUUUUUAAAUAAAAGGAGACAGCUGUA